AUGAAACCCGUCGUAUCAACUGGAAAUGCUUGGUUCUGCACUGUACUAUCUGCUUUUGGUGUAGUGAUUUUGUCUGUUAUUGGUCAUCUUUUCAGCAUAAGUCAUGAAUCUAUGGUUGGUUCUAUUAAUGAUCCAGAGGAUGGUCCAGCAGUGGCACAUACAGUUUAUCUUGCUGCCUUGGUUUAUUUAAUGUUUUUCAUUUUCUGUGGGUUCCAAGUUUAUUUAACCAGAAGAAAGCCUUCUAUUGAAUUGCGUUAG